GUGUGAACAUCGGUAAAGCCAGGAAUUUCCUACGGCACACAUUGCAACGAACAACAUAGAGUUUAAUCGAAAUGCGUCUUUGGGAUAAAUCGAAUAAACUACAUGUUCAUAAAAGCCCACCCUCGGAGAUGAUCGACGUUCCAAUCGAUUCAUCGUGCCGCGUUGUGUUGACGGACUCGAGAAAUACAGGAACAUUUGGCAAAUACAAAACGAAGUCGAGCGAACGUAGCCAAUCAAACUUUUACACACGGCACAAAUACUUUCUUUUGACUGGAUCGUUUUUUAUCUUAUUAAUCUUACUUUUGUUGACGAUCACCAAUCUUACAUUUUCUCUAUUUGAAUAUGGUACUUAUAACGAUACAGUUCAACCGGAAACACGCAUGGAACGGAUAAUCAAGCUGCGCUUUCCUCGCGACAGAAGAUCAUUGUUGAAGCCACGAGCGGAAGGAGUGAUCGAUGGAGAUCACUCAUCUUUCAACGAUCAGGCGGAGCUUAUGAACGAGAUAAUACAAGUUGCAGAAAGCGAUACAUUUCCAACGAUGAAUGAAGGAGACGCCGAUAUGCGGGAUAUAUCUCGCAAGAAGAGGCACUGCGAUCAGAACGCGAAGCACUGCGAGAAGUUGUUGCAAACGAUGCAGAAGUAUCUUAUAAUGAUCAGCAAGAAGAUUUCAGCUGCGAAUAAUGAAAAAUUUUUGACUACAGAUAUUUUGCAGUGUCUCAAAUGCAGGGAAUUAUCGAAUGAACAUAACGAAGAUCAUACGCCUCGCGCGAAAGACCAAUACUUCCCACACGACUACGCUGAGCAAAAUCGCUCGAGCGAUUCCGGCAUCGCCGUUAUCAAAUUACUGGAUGACAGAGAGGAUAAAAAUGGCCCAAAGCAAGUGGAAGUUAAUCGAACGGAAGCGACAAAAAUCCAGGCGGUAAAGACGAGCACAGUUAUGAGCAACCUAUCGCAAGAUGCCGCGAGUCAGUCGUUGAAGGACAUUACUGCUGUAUCAGAAACCACGUUAAUUGAGCCUACAGAUAUCCGCGAUGGAAUACCGCGGAUAUAUGUAAACGAAACUGCGAUUAAUAACAGCUCAAUGAUCGACGACAAGCAGCCGGACGGUAGUCCAGUAAAUUCAGACGCGAUAAAAACCGAAAAUAAUAAAAGCGUCCCCGACGCGUCGAGCGUCGAUCAACACCGUGUAACAGCCGAAAGCAAAGACGUCACGACGAUAAAGACGUGGUCGUUUACGACGGUGUCAAGCACGCGGUAUAACAUCGUUACUGGAAACGACGGGCAAUCUACGGAAACCACAAUCGCGAUCAAGUCAGCAGGAACAACCGAGACACCGGUUACCGUCGAUCUUAGGACGCAGACCGCGAUUACUGAAAACGUGACGAGUGUGCCAGCAGGAUACGACGUGACCGGAAUCGACGGCGACACGGUGCAUCCUUCGUCGCGUCCUUCGUCCGAGGGACGGGACCCGGAAAAUCGAUUGGCCGUAGAGACGGACGUCGAAUCGAGUUCAAUGGAAAAUCUUCGUUCUUAUGAGCAAAUCAUCAUGUCGGCCGACAACUUCCAGACGAAGGACGAUGGCAAAGCCAUUCCAGCAAAGAGCGGGACAUCACAUCGGCAACUACAACAAACUCCUACAACGUGGACCAUGCCGCAUCCGGUUUGUUUCUUCGGCAAUCCUGAUCAGUCCUUCAAGACGCCGGUAUCAGGCGUGUUUUAUCCGGCCCCGUUCGAUCCUUCCUCCGCGCAAAGUCGCGGAUUUCCGUUCCAGAAUCACCAAGACUCCACGUCACCGAACUACAAGCAAGAGCAGACGAACACAAUGCAAUUUUUGCCGAAAGUUAACUACGUCGGCAAUUUGGCUCAGCCGAGGGGACAAGGCAUCGGUCCUACAGGACCUGGCAUGUCAAAUGCACCGAUUUCCUCGCUGAAUCAGCAGCCGAUUGCAAACAUGCCGUAUUUUUGCGGUUAUAUAUCACUGCCGACCGUUCACUUUUCGUCGAUCCCUGGCACGUCUGAUCGCUCUGCCGACAAAGCGAAAGACCUUCCAGAAGGAUCGCGAAAAUUACCUCAGGAGAAUGAGUUUAUCACGCGGCAAUCGUAUUAUCCACAGCAACUGCUUAAUAAAUGUUCCGCACAUUAUCGUCAGUGCGAUAAUCAAUUCUGCGUCCUGAAGGUGAAAUGGUGCGACGGUCGAGUCGAUUGCAGCGAUGGCAGCGACGAGACAAAGUGCUCCUGCAGAGAUCGAAUAUCACGAAAUCGACUUUGCGAUGGUUAUUUUGAUUGUCCACAUGGAGAGGACGAGCUCGGCUGUUUUGGCUGUCCAGUAGACUCUUUCAGUUGUGACGAUUGGGACAUGCGUUACAAUCGCGAAAAUUGCAUACCACUUUUGCAACGCUGUGAUGGGAUUCAACAAUGCCCUAAUGGAAAGGACGAACUCGACUGCAAUAUACUUUCAGAAUCUUACAUGGAUCCAAAUGAUACUUUUACGAUUGGUUAUACUCAGGGAUAUUUGCAUAAGAAUGUACGAGGACAGUGGUAUCCUGUUUGCUCAAAAACAUCUUCUUGGGCGAUGGAUGCUUGCGCUUCGGAAAUUGGUCGACCGCUAACAAUGAUGCCGUUUAUAGAGACCGUUCAGGUGCCACAGGAUGUCUUCCGAGAUCCUUACGUGACAGAAACCAAUAAUAAUGAUGUACAAGUGACGUCGUGUCCGGGUACAGCGGUGUUCGUCAGGUGUCCACCGUUACCUUGUGGCACCAAAGUCGUCCCGCGUAAGGAUUUCUCUCUUGGCUUCAAUACGAUGAGGAAUAAUUAUGUGUCCAGGCGGCACGUGGAAGAACAAUCCACUUCCGAGUUUAAUAAGCUCUAUCGGGAGACUCUGGGUCUGCUGGACCCAGCAAGUCAAUCAGUGCUCAAGGAGAAGAUGCAAAAUCAGAAUGAUACUCUCGUUGGAUCGCAAUCGCGAGUCGUCGGCGGCCGAGCAAGUCAGCCUAGAGCCUGGCCCUUCCUGGUUACCAUUUCUAAAGACGGUUACUUUCAUUGCGGCGGUGUCAUUCUCAGUGAAGUUUACAUUCUCACCGCGGGUCACUGCAUGGACGGAUAUGAAGGGCAUUAUUACGAAAUACAAGCCGGCAUACUCAGGCGAUUGUCAUUUUCACCGAUGGCGCAGUUAAGAAAAGCGAAAGUUAUCGUUAUUCAUCCCGGCUAUGAAAAAAACGAGAUGCGAAACGACAUUGCAGUGAUCACCUUGGACAAACCUCUUUUUUUCAAUCGAUGGGUUCGCCAAGUUUGUUUACCGGCAUUAAAUACCGCAGGUCCCGAAUGGAAAGAAGGGCCGUCGCCUGAAUCCAUGUGCAUUGCUGUCGGAUGGGGAGCCUUAAAAGAAUAUGGACCAGAUCCGGAUCAUUUGCGAGAAGUGGAAGUACCGAUUUUGCCAUCGUGUAAAUAUUUACUCGAUCAGAACAACGCCACUAUCUGCGCGGGAUAUCCUGAGGGUGGUCGCGAUGCCUGUCAAGGUGAUAGUGGUGGUCCUUUAAUGUGCAGAAAUCCGAAUUUGGAGUCGCAGUGGUACGCGGCGGGCCUAAUCAGUCACGGUGAUGGAUGUGGCCGUCCAAAUGAGCCCGGUGUUUACAUGAAAGUGAGUUAUUAUGUGGAUUGGAUUCAGCAAACGUUUGAAGCUUUAGAUAGUUCCACGGCAAACUUUUACGAAAAUGAACCCUUGGAUAGUUGUCCAGGAUUUAGCUGUCAAACAGGCCUGAAAAAUUGUUUGCCAGAAGAAAAUCAUUGCGAUGGAAAAGCAAAUUGUUUGGAUGGAGAAGACGAAAUGGACUGUGACUUUCUGCAAAUGAAUUAUGAAGGGUCGAACGAAUCAAAGGGUAAUACAUUUACGAAAUCGCAAGUGGACAAAACAUCCAGUGAUACCAUGGGAAGAAAUCAAGUAAGCACGGAAACAAUUCCUUCUUCUACUUCCCGUUUCUCCUAUCAAACUGAAACUAACGAAAAUAUUUAUGCAACGACACCUGAAAUAUAUAUGUCAACGCCAAGUGUUAGAUUAACAUUUACAUGCAAAAAUCUAAUUCAAACUAUAACAAUUAACAAGAGAUGUGACAGACAUUUGGAUUGCGAGGAUGGCACUGAUGAAAAAGAUUGUACGUGCAGAGAUUAUUUAUCAAAUUUCCAACCGACAGUGAUUUGUGAUGGACUGCUGGAUUGCGACGACAAAACGGAUGAGAAAGAUUGCGGUAUAUGCAAGGACGACGAAUUUCAUUGCAGCCGAAGCAAAGGUUGCAUCCCAAUGACGAAGAAAUGUGACGCAAUUUUCGAUUGCCCUCUAAGAGAGGACGAGGUUGAUUGCCUUGCAUUGAUCGAUGGAGAUUACGUAAACGUAGAUAGCGAUGAUCGACCGAUUUUGAACUCAGAAGGUCUGCUCGGUAGAUAUUACAAUGAAACGUGGCAUCUAGAUUGUUUUCAGCAAGACAUAUUGAAGAACAACACUAAAUCAUUAAUGCUUGGAGAGAAUUUAUGCAAAUAUCUCGGAUUUGCGAGUUUACAAUCACUCGAUGAGACUGUUAUAACCAGCAAGGACCUGGAAAUGAGAUUCUUACAAAGUGACGAUUACAAAUCGUCAACCGAAGAGACGGAUUACAAAUCUUCAAUGGAGUACGUCGCGAGCGAGGAAGGCGAGACGUGUUCGACAUAUAUAUUUCGCUGCGGACCGGUUUUGAGCAGCAGCGCCGACUCGCACCUGGUCGUCGAUCCGAACACCCAAAGUAAUACCUACCUGUGGCCAUGGCUGGCCGCCAUCUUCGUCGACGGUCGUUAUCACUGCUCGGCCUUACUCCUGGAACCAGACUGGCUCCUGUCCAGUUCGAGCUGCACGGACGAUAUCAGAUUAUCGGUGAAUUAUACGACAGCUCUGCUCGGUCGAAGCCGCUCGUUUCUCUACGUCGACGGACCCCAUCAACAGAUAUCGGCCGUUGACGAAAUCAGAGACGUGAAAAAUUCAGAUGUUUCGUUGCUCCACUUGAAAACUGCAGUGAAUUUCACGCGUUACGUGCAGCCGCUGUUUCUGGAGAAAAAAAUAUACCCACCGGAGAAAGACGAUUUAUGCGUCGCAGUUGGUACAGACGAUGAAUAUAGAACGCAAUCGAUCUUUCUUGAACCAAUCCUUCAAGAUUGCGAUAAGUGCUAUCGUUGUUUCGUCAAAGCUUUAGGCAUCCAAUGUCCGGCAAAUGAAACUUCUUCGAACUGGAGCGGAUUGGUAUUUUGUCGCGGUAAGAAAGCAUGGUAUCCUGCGGCUGUAUUUUACGAAAGCGAUGGCCCGUGCAGCUUCCAAAGCACGCAGAAUUUGACGAGCAUCGAUUACAUCCAUGCCUAUCUCACGCAAGCUUUGGAGAUGGAGCCGCAGCCAACACCUGAAGCCGCAUGCGAUGGUAUUCGUUGCAAUAUCGGGCAAUGUGUCCCUUGGAAUCAAGUGUGCGAUGAUAUACCGGAUUGCCGAGAUGGUGCGGACGAGAAGAGUGAAAUAUGUUUACGUAAAGUGCAACAGAUCAGAAGAAGAAACGGACUCGAUUACAAAUGCACGAAGUCGCAGUUACAAUGCAAAAAUGGCGAAUGUAUUUCGAAGGGAGAAUUUUGCGACGGUAAAGUCGAUUGCUCCGAUGGAACGGACGAACCUGCGAUAUGCAGCUGUGCGGAAUACUUAAGACUAACUGCCCCGGAACGAUUGUGUGAUGGGGUGCGACAUUGUUUCGAUAAAACCGAUGAAUCGCCAGAAGAGUGUCAAUGCCUCGAAACUAGUUUCAUAUGCAACACAGACAGCAAAGAAAAUGUUACUUGCAUUCCGCAAGAUUUCGUGUGCGAUGGUGACAAUGAUUGUCCGAACGGCGAAGAUGAAACGAAAUGUAUUAUGGUGAAAAAUCUUACAGAUACCAAACCUGACGCAGGUGAAGUGAUGCAGCGAUCCUAUGGCAUAUGGCACACUCGAUGUUAUCCAUCAGUAAUAACGUCACAAGAAGAAGCGGCAAGUGUAUGCCAAAAGAGCGGCUAUGCAAACGGAACAAUUGAUUAUGAAUAUCAAACUUUUAAUAAAUCUGUCGUUCCGUCUCGUGAUAAUUUCUACAUGAUACGAUUAAAUAUCGAUACGUGGAUAACGAUGCGCGAUGAUAAACCGUUUAUAACUUUAGUCCAACCAGAGGAACCCUGCUACCGUCUCUUCGUUAAGUGUAAUUAUUAAACUGCAUCAUUUAUAAUUUAAAGAAAUUACACAUUAAAUAAUUUCAUCUUAUUUACAAUGUUUGUUCGUCAAAGAUGAAAGAUUCUGUCCAUUUUGAAAGUUAAGUUGAUGGAAACACAAAGUAUCUGUGAGUUGUUUGUACAUUGUUAAGAGAUUAAUUUAUUUAAGUUAAGCAAGAAAAUAUCGAACAAUGUACGAACACAGCGAAUCAAUUAUGUCACAUGUAAUUCUUUUUUAAUUAAAUAAAUAAUUUCAUUCUUUUUUA